AUGUCUUUAACAAUUCGACCGUGUGCAAUCCAAAAAUGUGACAGUUCGUCUUGUGCUACUUGUCAUUGUUGUGGAAAUGAUAUAUGUCUCGAUCAUUUAAAACAACAUAAAGAUCAACUAAAUGCUAAAUUACUGCCUCUUGCUGAUGAAAUCAAUAUAUUGUCAGACAACUUCCAACAUUUCAAACCUGACUCGACUCCUGCUUUUAUUCAUCUUGAUCAAUGGCGCAUCGCAGCACACCAAACAAUCGAUCUAUUCUAUCAGCAUAUGCAUGAUCAGUUGAGUGAAGAAAUCAAAAGCAAACCGUUGGAGAAACUUCGUAAAAUACAAGAUAUAUUGGGCCAACUUAUUCAAAAGCAAGGUGCUACACAAGAUAACAUCGCUUCAUUGAACAGAGAUAUUCAGUUGCUCAAACAGGAAAUCAAUCGUGCUCGAAAUACUUCAAUCAAUCUACAAUCUCUAGUUAUUGAUAAAAAUACUAUUCUGGAGUCGAACUCGGCCCAUAGAAUUCAACGGGACAAUCAGAAUGAGCAAGAUGAUCUUGUCACACUUCACAAUGGGAAUGCUUUUCAAAUUUUUGUUCAAAUAAUUACUGGGCGACAGAUUCUUAUGGCGGUGAAACCAUCGACUACAAUUGCAGAUUUGAAACGCAAAAUUCAAGAUAAGACUGGUGUUCCAGUAGACAGUCAGAAUCUUACUUGCAGGGGCAAAUUUUUGAACGACGAGUACAACGUCGCUGCAUAUGAUAUUUUCAAGCAUAGUAUAGUAUGCAUGACUAUACGACAAAGAACGGACGAAUCGAACGCCGAAUCCUCCUAA